AUGGAUCAAAGUCUAACAAUAUUUUAUCAAAAUGUUAAUAGAAUUAGAACAAAAACAACGGAAGUUUACUUAAAUAUAUUGGCAUGUAAUUAUGAUGUUGUCUGUUUCACUGAAAGUAAUCUGAAUGAUAGUGUAUUUGAUGGAGAAAUAUUUGAUGGCAGGUAUAACGUUUUUAGGAGAGACCGUGAGACUAGUUUGUCAAAGAAAUCUGACGGAGGCGGUGUCAUCGUAGCUAUAAAAAAAGAUAUUGAUGUCGUUAGGCAUUUUGAUUGGGAUAGUGGUGCCGAGGAUCUUUGGAUCACAUUGUUUCCGUCUCAUGCUUGCAGAAUUCAGUUAUGCGUUUGCUAUUUACCCCCUGAUAUUAAUUCUGACUUACUAACUGACUUCUAUAAUAAUACACAAUCAGUAGUGUUGAAUUUCGAUCCAGAUGAUAUUCCUUUGCUGGUGGGAGACUUCAACAUCCCGAGUCUGCAAUGGUCGCAGUCGGGCUCUAUACUUGUUCCCGGAUGUUUUUCGGAUCUUAAAUCGAGGCUCCUCCUUGAAACCAUAUCAUUAUGUAACCUUUCUCAAUUUAGUAAUAAAUAUAAUGUAAAUAAUCGUCUUUUGGACCUAGUACUUUCGUCUUACAACAAAAUAAAGGUUCUGGAUGCGGAAUCGGUUGUAAAGAUAGAAGGUCACCAUCCGCCUCUACUUGUUGAAAUACCUAUUACGCAGCCUGUUAAAGCCCUAAAACACAAUUCUCAAAUUCGCCGUAAUUUUAAUAAAUGUUGCUAUGAGGAAAUAAAACGAGAGCUCAAAAUCAUUGACUGGGUAAAUUUAUUUGACGAGGGUGAUAUUAACAAAUCGGUAGACUCUUUCUAUUUAGUCGUAAAUGACCUUAUUGAUAAAUACACACCUCUGCAAAGAAAUAAUCGCUCUAGAUUUCCUGUGUGGUUCUCCUCGGCUCUUAUAAAGUGUUUACAGGAAAAAAACAAACACCAUAGGCGGUACAAAAAAUACCACAAUCCCAGAGACUACGAUACAUUUUCAUAUUUAAGAAGACGAGCUAAGCGGUUAAUGGAGGGAUGCUAUGCUAAUUUUGUAUCCUCUACGGAAGAGUCUCUGGGAUCUAACGUUAAACAGUUCUGGACAUAUGUCAAUAGUAAGAGAGGUAGCUCCUCUAUACCCUCUACCAUGACGCUAGACGGAGUAUCCUGUUCGGAUGGAUUGGGCAUUUGCGAACUCUUCUCCCAGUACUUCGGCUCUGUGUUCGAGGGUGCAAGUUCCCAAUCCUCCGGCUUAGACGAAGAGGUUUCUCAGCAUUGCAAUACGUUGUCUGAAAUCGCUAUAGACAGGGAUGUAGUUCUUCGCAAACUUAGGCAACUUGAUGUUAACAAGGGAGCUGGUCCCGAUGGAGCCAACUCGUGGCUCUCAGAGGUUAUGUCUCAAGUCCCAUUGAUAUUACUUCAGGUGUCCCUCAAGGCUCCCACUUGGGCCCACUGUUCUUCCUAA